AUGGAGCUGAUCCAUGAAAUCAGCGCUUGGCUGUUCAGGUUUGAUGUCAGGGAGCAACUGUUCAACAAAAGGUCUUUGGCAAAUAUCUCCAUCACAUUCGGACAGGUCAUUCGUGGGAUGAGCUCUGGAAGCCGUGUGUUUGAGUUCCUCAUAUUGCAAUCGAACAUCCCACUUAAAGGGGGAUUCCAGAUUCCAUCACAUGCUCUGGUUGGACAGGUGCAAUUCGACAAUAUUGACUUCAGCUACCCCACCAGACCUGGUCAGGUGGUGCUGCGCAACUUCAAUCUUACCCUGCCGGCCUCUAAAAUGGUGGCUAUUGUUGGACAAUCUGGGGCAGGCAAGUCGACAAUAGCAUCUCUGCUGGAGAGGUUCUAUGACCCAGACAAUGGAAUUAUCACCUUAGACGGAUAUGACAUCAGGACUCUGGAUCCACAAUGGCUGCGCAGUCACGUGAUUGGAUAUAUCAGUCAGGAACCUGUGCUUUUUGGCACCACCAUCAAGGAAAAUAUUCGAUUUGGAAAGCCAGAUGCCUCAGAUGAGGAGGUUUAUGAGGCAGCUCGGCAGGCAAAUGCAGAUGGCUUCAUCCAGAGCUUCCCAGAUGGAUACAUGACCGUAGUGGGUGAACGAGGAAUGUCUCUGUCCGGGGGCCAGAGACAGCGGAUUGCCAUUGCUCGUGCUCUGGUUAAAAAUCCCUGUAUCCUGGUGCUGGAUGAGGCCACAAGUGCUCUGGAUGCAGAAUCUGAGAGAAUGGUACAGGAUGCACUGGAUCAUAUACAAAAAGGCCGUACCGUGCUGGUCAUUGCACAUAGGCUGAGUUCAAUCAAGGCAGCUGACGUCAUCUGUGUUCUUGCUAAUGGCCGCACGAAGGAGGUGGGGACACAUGCCGAGCUGUUAAAAAGAGGAGGACUGUAUGCAGAGCUAGUCCGCAGACAAACCAGUGAGGAGACCACCAUGUGAAGGAAAGGGAGUGACAGAGAAUGAGCCAAGUGGAUUGCAGGCAUUUUGCACCUUCGAACAUCUUCAUGUAAACCUACUGUAAUUCCUCCCCGUCCCAAUAAGAGCCCAGUAUUAGGCACUGAGAUUUCAUUACCAGUGGGCUGGUGGGUGGAGCAGGGAUUCCCUCGCAUUGUUGACUGGAACUGUGCAAGGCAUGCAAUUCUAGAUUCUGUAUCUGCUCAAUCAGGGCUCCUCUUGCAGAGAGCUUAGUGUACUGUAACACAUUGUGGUGCAUAGUGCUGAUGGGUUAGGUCUGUCUCUGUAAAACACUGGCAUACAGUACUAGUAGGGCCAGGUCUGUCACUGUGUAACACUAGGGUGUACAGUACUGGUGGGAACAGGAAUGUCACUGUACAACACUGGGUGUACAGUAGUGAUGGGGACAGGUCUGUCUCUUUAUCACACUGGAUUACAGUACUGGUGGGGACACGUCUGUCUCUGUAACACUGGGAUACAGUAUUGGUGGGGACACUGUAUAACCCUCAGCUCAAUGGCCUGCAGAGCUGGUCAUAAUCUUCCACUAAUGAUUAUUUCUCUGCAUUCUGAAACUUGUGUGAGCCUCUUACUUGGACAACUUUUUUUGUAAAUUAUACCGUCAUCCAUUGAGCCUGUGUUGUGUUUUUAUGAUCGACAAGAGUACAGAAUCAAACAGGCUGGUUCACUCCCACACUUUCAUCCUGUCAAUGGACAUGCAGCUGCUCUGGAGAAACUGAAUUGUUCAGGAAAGUUGGUGUCACAGGAUGAUUUGUCCAAAGGCCCAGGUAAAUGUUUUGAAUGCACAGGUUCAAAGCCCCCCGUUGCUUUUGGAUUAUGUCUUCUGGUUCUAGAUUCUUCCACCAGAGGAAACAACCUGUCAGCAUAUUGUAUUUUUCAAUAAAGUCACUUCUCAUUCUUCUAA